AUGACUAAACUGACAAAGUCACCUCCACCCGCCUACCCAGGCAAAGUGAUUCCCCAAGGCUCUCUUCAGACUGCGGUGCCCUACGAAAGUCUGCCACAAGGCACGCAGGCGCCCGUGCCCAUUACCACAGCCGUGUUACCCAGCUCCUACCACGAGCCUCUGCCCGACACGAACCCUUUCUCCCCCAACUUCAGACCUGGGCCGGCCUCACCCACCACGCCGCCCACGGCGCCUUUCUCUCCAGUUUCGCCGAUCGCUGAAGAAUCCAGUCCCAUCGAGCGCUCCUCGCAAGCACCUCUGCAAGCGCCCAUGCCACAGAGACCCAAUGGCGAUCAACGCAAGUCCGUCGACCUGCGACGCCUCGACGGCAAGCCAUACCCCGCAUCCAAUGCUGCUCCCGAGAAGGAGAAGCCCAAGGUUGUCAAGGUCGCGAAGGACAUGCACGAUGGCGCGCUUCCGCCGGUGUACAGGCGUCAAGCGUCCGAUCCCAUCACUCCUCCGGAGGUAACAGACGCCUUGUCUAACGUGCACAAGUGUGGCAAAUGCGGCAAGAAACAUGGUCAAAACGACGGCCACGGGCAUGGUUGCACCCAAUGCGGAAAACGCAAGUCCAACACGGCAGAAUCGACCGCUACCGCUGCUAUUGCUGUGCCCAUGCCCCCCGCGGCUGCGCAUGCUCGGACCACGUCCGACGGGCAGGCGUCUCGCGUUUCGUCCAGACUGUCGGAGAGCACUGCAGGGCCUUCCAGUUCGCCGGCGUCGUCCACUGGGACACGGUGCUGCACGAAAUGCGGGAGGUACAAACGGCCGACCCCGGUGCCCAAUCCAUUCGACCAGCUUCGUCCCAAUGGAUCGGGUCCUGUGACCGCUCCAGUGCCGAUGGCGAACCACCCCGCCAUGAGACCCGGUCUCUCAAUCCAGCCCAAUAUGCCUGGAAACAACCCGGCCUAUCCCAAGAUUGACGUGAUCCCUCCGUCGGCCUCAACAUACCGAGCGGUCAACUCCCCGUUCACGACCUACGGGGACGACUCGCCCCUCGUGGGCAAAGCCAACAAGCAAGAGUUCAGAUUGUUCCGCAACUCCUCGCUCGCUCGCUCCCUCUCGCGCCGCCUCAGCAAAAAGGACAAGACGGUCGCAUCGGCAGCCGCGCCUCUUCCCAGCCAGCAACUCGCACGCCAGAGUGGCGAGCAAAGUGCUGGAACUCUGAUUAACAUGAUCAGCACCGCCAUGCAAGGACCUGGCAACGAGCGAGAUGCCCACUACACCAAACUGUCGGCAGGUAGCGACCCGACCGAUCGUCCCCAAACCCCAUUCUCGUUCGUAGGCGGCAAAGACGAGCAAGACGCCUUCGAAAUGGUGGACCUGCGUGAUCGGGCGUCGAUCUCCAGCCAGGACAGUAUGAAAGAAGUGGUCAAGCCUCAAAUCAGCGUGACGCCUUCGGACAGCGAGUUUCAGACCGGCGUCCCCGACCACAUCGAUGUCGUCCCGCGGUCCAAGUCGGCGGAGGUCGAGAGGAACCAGCACUUGUCGGUGAAUGGUACAGACAACAAACCGCCAAUCACACGAUUCAAGAGCUUGAGACAGGGCGUCCAGAGAAUGGGUAGUGUCAGCCGGUCGACCAGCUUAAAAAGGCUCGGCAGCUUGAAGACGGUGCACCAUGCUUGGUACGUGGAAGGAACGGACGGUAAUAAUGAAAACAUUGUUCCUGUCUUCUAG